UCGGCUGUCGACUUCUCAGCGGCAUCCCCGCCUUCAUCGCCAAUUGGCUCGGUCUGAGCGCCGUCCCCCUCCACAAUCGGCUCCGUAUCAGGCCGCUCGACUUCAAUCUCCUUGUCGACCGGCUCUCCUUUGUAGUCUGCACCACUCGGCUCGACCAAGUCGACCGGGCCGACCAAGGGAAGUGGAGGGACCUCAAGCUGAGAAGAUAGCUCAGCCGAAUGAAUAUCCUUGGCCACAAGACCACUCCACCACGUAUGGCCAGGAGGGAGAACUGCCUCCUUGUAGCCGACAGG